UUUAAACACGGACCAAAUGAUUCCUCUUGUAUUAGUUGAUUUGUUACUUGUCAAUUCUAUAUUGGCGAGUAACGAUGCGUAUUUUGCUAAUGGGUGGAUACCUGUUACCAGGUCAUUUGUGUUAAACCAAAUGAGUAACAGUUAUGUUGGGACAAGAGACUGGAAACCAUUGCAAGGCAUUGAUGAUAGUAACAUCGAUUAUGUCAAGGAAGAUGCCAUCCAAAUAAUAACUCCAAAGCAAGUACAAACAAUACCGAAUGAGAAAAGUGUUAAUGCGUGGUCACCAUCCGCAGUAGAUGAUGCAAUACCUACACCAAGUGACAAUUCAAGCCAAACAGCUAUAACAUAAUUGAAUAAUCAAGACUCAAUCCUGCUGAAAUCAAAACAGAGUGAUGUAUUAAAUAAAAGGACUGUAAAAAGUAACAUAAAUCGAAGGGCAUCAAAGUUAAUUUGGGAUGUCAGUU